GCCAGUCGCCAUGUAGAAUUUUUUGGUGUGGGACUGUGGGUGUUUUGUCUCGAUUUGUCAAACGCUUCAGUGAUUAUUAUUUUCAAGUGGACGUAAAGUUGGUGUAAAACGCUAUUUACUCUAAACGCAGUAUUUCUAGAUUCGAGUGGACUUAUUUCUUUGUGGUGGUGAACGGUUGAUGUGCAGUGAAGGCAGAUAAUAAAUUGGUGGGGGGCUGCUGAAAUACUACGAUAGGAUAGGAUAGUAACAACGUUUUACAACUAUAGAGGUGUCGUUCGAGUUCGGGGCGCUCAUAAAAUUUCUCAUCUCAGUGCGGGAGAGACUGACAUCCAUUUUGUUUUAUUAUGUGGUUUGGUUGUUUACACUGCGUUGUGCUUACGACAAUGGAAAGCGACGGCUUCUACUCACGAGCAAUGAGCGACCCGUGGUAGCGGCAGGGUGAUGCAGCGGGCUCACGCGGGCGGCGCUUUGCAGCCGCAGCCGACCGCACCUCGGCCGCUCUACCGCUCGCAACACCUGUACCCUGACAUCGAUGAGCAGAUACCAGCAUCUGUAAUCAGCAGUGUCGGGACGGUGAGCUUGUCACAAUCCACGACCAACCUCACGCCAAACAUAGCCAUGGCAAAUCCAACUAACGCAGGAAAUGGGAGCAGUAGCAACAGCCAAACGCAGCACACACCACCACAGGCACCUGUGCGGAAUCUACCCAAGAAGAGGAAGUUCGAUCCGUCAGAACUAGAGGAAAUCGAACGGAACUGCAUGUCCAGUAUACCCGAGAGAACUUGUAUUACAGUUUCCGUAUCAGCACCGCCGCCGAUAGAGUACGCGCCGCCAAUAUACCAAACGACGAUACUCCAACCAUCGCCAAUCGUCCAACGCUCGUCGCCUCACGACUUCCACUAUCCAAACAUUAACUUAUCCGAAUGGCGGGACCACCGGAUAUUGGCCAAGCAACGCGGGCUGUACGUACCAGGGGUGAUACGCCAAGCUGAAGGCUGCAAAGUUGUUGUGGAACUGGACGGUCAGGAAAACGAGGUGAUAGAGUACAGUGACAUAUUUGGUGGGAACAAGUACGAUGUGAUUAGUGACGCGAGUCCACAGCUCAGUCAUCUUUUGAUAGGGUCCCCGUGUGUUAUUAGGACUACUACCGGACCUACCGACCAGAGCCGGGAAAGUGUGCAAAAUGUGUUUGUUGAAGGACUUGUGUUUGAAGUGCUCAGUUCGCCUAUUAGGAUCAGGGUUAAGCAGGUGACAGACGGUGACAACAUUUGCAAGGAGAUGGUGGAAGUAAAGCGACCGGACAUUCGUCUCCUACAGCCCCCUUGGGUGGACGAGCUUGAGGACGCAGGGUCGCACCCCUCGCCCGCCUUGUUGACGCAGCACAAUAUGAGGGUGCAGCAUAUGUCUUCUGUGCCGUACACGUUGGGCGGAGACCAUUUUGUUACGUCAUCGCCCAUGCCUAGCUCCCAGAUGGUGACCGUUGGAGCUCUGUCCAACGGCUCCCGACCUUUCGACGACUACGGCGAGAGUGAUGACGAUCUGCCCAGUGAAAAUAUCAUGUUUCCGACAGACUCACAUAUGGAUUGCAAUAACAGCAAACGAAGUAGUUUGCAAAGCCGAGGCAGUACGUCCAGUCUAAUAGAAGGCAGUCUCACACCACGAUCUCAACCCCCCACUCCUAGAUCUCAAGCGGCAACACCGCACAAAUACAAGAAAGGCGACGUGGUAUCAACGCCCACUGGUAUACGGAAGAAGUUUAACGGCAAGCAAUGGCGACGACUUUGCUCUAAGGAUGGCUGCACGAAGGAAAGUCAAAGGAGAGGCUUUUGUUCGCGACACCUUUCCCUCAGGGGAGUCACUCGCUCUUCUAACACUCCAUUGGCGCAAGGAUCUGGUCAUACGCCGCAGCAAAGAAGCAGCAGCAAGUCGUUGUCGUCGAGCGGCACGGGCGUGGAAGGGGAUGAGACGUCCCGGGAGUCUGAUACCACACCACCGAACUACCGGGUCACGGGCAGGUUCGAUCCCGACGAGACAGAAGCCGCUAAUAUGCUGGUAUCGCUGGGCAGUUCGCGGUCGGGUAGCCCGGGAGCCUCUCCAGUUGGCGGGUCCCCAGUGCUGCGCGGAAACGUAUUCGUGCCGAUCUCUUCUCCCCAACCGCCGCACGCACCAACUUAUCAUCAUCUCAUCAGGCCAGAAUUAGUGCGGCCGAACAGAGUCCGAUCACCCGUGAGCAGUGUUGCGACUAGCGUUAUACGAGUAUCCCCGGCGCCGACAUACCACUAUCAGGUAGACAAUCGCAACGGUCCCACCGGGCUCCAGUCCACACAGACGAGUACGAUAGGACUCCAGCCGUCUCUCAACAUCCAGAGCACGAUACAGAGCAAUUUAAACGCUCCCACAACGAUGCAAUCAUCGCUUAACCUUCCAUCGAGCAUCUCCAUAAUAAACAGUAUCAACAGCCAGAAUCUACAGACUAGUAUCGCGUCGAUACGUAGCAAUAAAGUAGACGACAUUCCCCACAACUUGGUCGUGCAUCGUAUGCCGACGACGAACGGCUUCGACCUUGAACACAUAUACAGAAAUCCGCUGCGACGAAACGGCAUACAGGAUCAGUACAGACGCGAGACGGAGGUCUCGUCGCCGUUGAACAAUCAUGAAAAUUUUGUGAAUAGACGAGUCUCGGAGUAUGAGGAUGAGGACCAUUCCGUGCCUCAGACCGAACACAUCGGCCGUUUGGAUCCGCGGCCUUUAGAGCUUUCCGAGGCUCGAUUGUUGGAGGACAAGAGGAUCAUCAAGCCAGCACCGCUUCAGGCCCGGCUAGUGUCGCUCGUGGAGACAGAUGUUAAGGAGCCGAUGAAGAGGUUCUAUGUGCUACCGUCGAACACGCUCGAUAAGAAGAUCGUGUUCAUAAAAAACGAACCGCCUGACGCCGUUCAAAUAGAGCAUAAACAGCACCAGAUGCCUCAACAGUUGAACAACAAUGAACCCGACCACGCACCAGCCGAACAACGCAGUAUGGACAACGGCGAUCAUGUCAACAACAUAAACAGCAGUGCAGUGAUAGUUCAUCCGAGUCAGUUGCUGCCGGUAUUGCCUCCGCCCACUUCUCAUACAGCUAUUAUUGUAUCAACAAGUGGUGUUUCCAACGCGGUGUUUCCGUGGCAGUCGCUGGUGCCGCUGUUCCGCGCGAGCUCCCCUCCCGCGGCGCCGGCGCCCGCACCCCCCUCGCCGCGCACCCCGCGCACGCCGCACACCCCGCACACGCCUCACACGCCGCACACGCCGCACACACCGCACAUCAAGACUGAGGAUCAGAUCAAGACUGAAGAUGGCACCACGGCGAUGUGUACGGACGAAGACGACGAGGUGUUCGAGUGUGAAGACAGCGGUACCGCUGGCGAUAACAACAGGCGGUCGCAAUGUCUGUCUUCAAUCAACCAGCAAUCAGCCGGCCAGGAGAAGAAGGAGCGUCGCAUAAGACGUCCGAUGAAUGCUUUCAUGAUAUUCUCAAAACGGCACCGUCAAGUGGUGCAUCAGUUACAUCCCAAUCAAGACAACCGCACAGUCAGCAAGAUAUUAGGCGAAUGGUGGUAUUCCCUCAAACCCGAGGAGAAACAGAAGUACAACGAGCUGGCCAGUGAGGUGAAAGAAGCCCACUUCAAGGCACAUCCGGAAUGGAAAUGGUGCAAUAAAGAUCGACGCAAGUCAUCCAGUAGUAGAGAUCCUACAGGAUCUGUGCCACAGAGCCCUCGCACACCGUCAGAAGGCCCGAACCCUUGUAUACCAACAAGCGGUGCAGAAAUGUCUAUUAAUGCACCACAAUAUAACCACGUAGGAUCACCGCAGCUCAGCGAUGAUGAACCAAUGCAGAUAAGCCAAACGAUAGACGAGCCGGCUGUACCACUUCCGAACAUAGAGAUAGAUCUCAAAUGCGGCGAAAAAGUCACGGAUUCAGACUCCGAAGGUUUGGACGCCCGCGACUACAUGACCCACCACGACCACACGAGACGUCCUAAAGCCAUCAAAGCAAGGGCUGGAUCAUCCGAUAAUCUACUUGGAGGAAUCACAGCGUCGAGUCCUGGUGGUUCAAAAGUGUUCCAACCCACUGGCGGUGCGUUUAAAUCAACACACGCUGAUACUGGUAAUUUAUUUUGUGAUAACCAUAGACAAUGGACUGCGUUUACGUCACUCAACAAGCCAACUAUGAACCACGUACCAAGUUCGCCCCAUCCAAGCCAAUCUCUAUCGGCAAACACGCAGAGUCUCACCAAUAGUGUCCAGGGUAUAUCGCUAAGCACGCCGAAUCUUACGACGCAAGAAGCACUUGAUAACGCCAUAGCAUCGAUAAUAAGCCCCACCACUAGUGGUGUGCAAGUGUUGGCGAGCUCGCUUUCGAUGCCCGGCGCAUCGAUGUCGAGCACUCCAACGACAACAUCACUAAAUAACACACUUCUGAAAAGCGUCACGUUGGUCAAGAGAAAUAUUGGGGACAAUUCUACAGGCCCAAUCACCUUAUCGUUGGACGCAUCUGGUAAUCUUGUAAUAAAGACCAGCCAAGCAGACAGCCAGCCAAGUGACUCUCAGCCACUACACUGCGUCCAGUUACAGAGGCUCUACGUGCCUUUUGCCACAGAGGCUGAUAUUAAUAAGAACAGUCAAAACGUACAAAGUGGACAAUCUGUGAUAGUGUCGCAAAGUAAUAACCACACAGUGCCAAAGACAAAUACGACGCAAUGGGACACGCCGAUAGAAGAGGCCCGUCCAUUCCCUCUCGCACCUACUCCAGCUCAACUUGGCAGAGCACCUUUACAGAAGAGACUCAGUCGAGGUACAUCAACUGGCUCGGCCGGCAGUUGCGAACCCAACAUCCCGCGUUCUGAGAGUGGACCGACCACACCGCAUGAGAUUCCAGAACCGCUUCAAUCACCCAAGAAGAUGGAAAACCUGCCGAGUCCCUUGUCGAAGAAGUGCCUCUUCAAGAAGGGUAACGAGGACGGUCGGGACAAGGUGCUAGAGACUGUGAACUUCGAGCAGAAGUUCAGCACCUUGCCUCAGUUCAAGCCGGAGGCGUGCAGUCCAAGCGCCUGCGUAGUGCCACGAAGUCCACAGCUUUACGUAAGAAAGAAACACAAAACUGCUAUGGAUGAGGAUGCGACUGUAGUAACGCCGCAAAUCGAAGCGGAAGUGAUAAACGGGAAUGGAAUGCCUACGCCGCACUCAUACGGUACCCCGCAUAAACUGGUGGGCAACACUUUCUUCGGACCGGACUUCAAUAUCGACAGCUUUAGAGUGCCCGCAGUGGCUGAGAGCAUGGAGGACAUGUCCCCGCGCACGCCGUGCUCCGCGGCGGGGGGUAGUGCGGGCGCGCGGGGAGAGGCGGGCCACCGGCGCGUGCUGGAGCAGAGGCGACACCUCGUCAUGAAGCUGUUCCAAGACCACGGCAUGUUCCCCACCACUCAGGCCACCACGCAUUUCCAGGCGGCUCAUACAGACAUAUUCCCAACAAAGACGUCCUUGCAACUCAAGAUUCGCGAGGUACGUCAAAAGUUGAUGGCGCAAUCCAAUCUGACACCGCACUCUGAGGUCAACACACCUACCAAUGUAAAUUCUCCGAUAGUGUCGGCUGCGUUGCAACCGACUUCGACGGCCAGUUAGCGAUACGGAUACGUCAUCUCCAUUAUGGUGCGAGAGUAGACAACUUUAAACAAAAACUACAUAUGUGCCCUUAGCGUUAAUAUUUUGCAGUUAAUUAACGUCACAACGGCGUCUGCGUUAAAGCACUGCCGAACUAAGUCGAAUCACGUCCGCUGCUGCAUAGAAAUUUGCGUUCUGUUUGCGACCAAUCGGUAGGUCUUGUUCAUAUCAGCGUGCCCUGUGAUUCGUGAAUUUGAACGCCACUGUUUGCGGCUUGUUUAGGGCGCCUUUGUUUGGUCUUACCUGUAUCUGUAAUUUAACAUUUGUAACCAAACUUGAUACUUACUUUUCAGAUAGCCAUAAGGUUACUGACACGUUAGUUAACUUGAAAACAUACAGCCCGAAAUACUACUGACUAGAAUUGUAAAAGUUAAGGAUGCUUUGCGUUUUAUUUGUCGUGUUUUUGGCAUUACCUCCUUGUCAUCACAUUCACACCAUUGAGAUGGCAAUUCAUAACUUUUUGGUAUUGGGCUGUAACAUAACCGAUUUUAGGAAUCGGUCUGUUUAUAAAAUGGACUUGUUAGACAUGUAUGUCACUCUUGUUCUAUUGUAACAAACUGAUGUAAUACUGAAUUUUUUCGUGUUAAUAGAUUCGUAAAUCAAAGUGCAAUUACAAAUUAUUCAAUAUCAAUUCUCAUUAUUAUGUGAUAUGGGCUAAGAAUGAAUUUUAAAUUAGCUAAUGUCCAAUAGUAUAAUAUUAUCAAGAUUUUUGCUGCUAUAAACACCUGUUUGCACAUACAUUACUAUGAUGUCUCACUGUGGACCCGAGCGCACAGUGAAGGAUUCAACUAUCUGCUUAUUGUAAAAUAGUGUGUUAAUCCGCCUUCGCACAGACUGCUGAAAUUAAAGCAUUGGGAUGUCAUCUUUUUGUUAUGAGAAAUAAAGCAAACUUUACAAUAUUUUUGGCCAGUAGUAUAUGACCUACACGGCAAUACUUUAUAGUAAUGUUUGUGAAUAAGGGGGUAAUACUGGCUUCGGUUUAGCCAACUGUGUAUACAAAAUAAUCAAAAUUACGCAAUGGAGUUGUAAAGGUACAAAUAUUCAAACACGAGUACCUAAUAUGACAUAGUUAUUUAAAAUAACAAAGAAUGGUUGAUCGAAAUGAGUACAAAAAAGUUUCGUUCAGCAUCUCUUUGAGAAAAUUAUGUGAGAUUUCAAUGUGAAAAAUGCCUAGAUGCAUUUAAAUGAAGCGUAUUUUAACGCGCUAAUUGGUUAUAAUGUUAAAUAUUAAAAAUAAAAACUACAUUUAAGAAAUAUAAAACGAGAAAAAAUAAAUAAAAAUUGUUGGAUUGAGUGCGAAUGUGUUUGCGAUGUGAGAUGGACUUAGAUUUGGGGCGUGCGACCGAUUUUGCAAUUGUCCGAUUAAGAAAUAGGUCUUCGUGACUGACUAGGCUAAUCCCCGAUUUAUGCAAAGCCCGAAGAAAAUGAAACGAAAAACAGAAUCGUUUUCCGUGCUGUGAUAUUUCAAAACGUAACAAUAUUAUGACAUAUUUCGGCUUAUUUAAUUCCUCAACUGUAAUAGAAAUAUUCUGAUUUCUAAAAACUUCGGUUCCAAAAUCGGUCCAACGCACUUAACCUUGUAUGAAUUUCAUAUUUUAUACAUACUACAAUAAUGCACAUUAUGUAUUUUUCAAUUGACACAUUUUAGGUUUGGUAGUUGUAAUCCGCGUUUAAGAUUUCACUAUAUUUCUUGUCACUUUCAAUGUGGUUGUAAAAUUUCGCUCGACUUUUGCUGACUGCUAUUGGAAUCUGGUAAAAAUCUAAGCUACAAACGUUAAGCGAUUCUGCGAUUCUGGUAGAAUUUUCACACACCAGUCGCACUUUACUCGUGGAAUAGCAGCUUAAAGGCCUGCGACCAUAUCGACUCGACUUCGACUCUUCACCAACUACACUAGAAUUAGAGCUUUUAUGUCGGUUUAUGACGAGUGUUUGAACUAUGAGCGAGCGAUGACCUUGAAUAACUCAAACUACACUCUCGGCGAAGAAACGCACUAAUCCCAUUCGUCUGAGAGAAACUAGUCACACAGCCGAUUCGAGUCGAGUCUCGAGAAGUUCUUCGUUCGAACUCGACGAAUAAAUCCGAUACGGAAUGGUGCAAGUCUCGAACCGAAGUGAAGCGAUGUUGCAUAAAAUACCUUUGCUCUUUGGCCAUCCUGAAGUUUGCUCUCUGACAGUGGUGUUCAUAGAGGGUAUGCGCAGGGUAUGCAGAUGAUAAAAAAAAAAAAUCUCCAGGAAGAGAUA